AUGUUUCGCCGUCCAGACGAUGAGGAUGACGACUACAGCGGACGGAGAGUUGUAAAAGCUAAGCCAAUUGCUGAAAAAUACGCCAAGAAAUUGGGUUCAGAGUAUGCAACAGGAAAAGUAAGACUAAGAUCCAUUACCUCGUCUAUAAAUUGUUAAUCUUCAGACAUUCGUGACGAGCAGCUCGAAAACACAAAAUGAAUUCUACGGAAAUCAGCACGUGAACUCAGACGAAGGAAGAUCGUCUUCAAGAAGCGGAGGAGCUCCGUUCACAGACGACGAGAAAAACAAACUAUCCGCCAAGAUUCUGAAAGCCGAAAUGAAAGGAGACGCGGUUGGUAUCUUAAGAAAACGAUUGCUUUUCAUUAUUUUUGUUCAGGAUCUUGUCAAAAAACUAAAAAGGAAGCUCGAAUCAGGGAUGUCUGGAGAGGAAGAGCCUCCGAGGUCGAAAUCGAAAGAAAUUACGAUGAUGAGGAAGGACCGCGAGGGAAACAUUCUUCCGGCGAGCAGCAGAAGAUCCGAUUCUGACAGACAUGGGGAGGGCUCAUCAAGAAUGCGACGGGAGUACGAGAAGUCGCAGGACCUCGAUUCGAUGGUUCGUGAAGAGAAGACUGGAACUGCCGGGGACCAGCUUCGUCUCUUCGAGAGAUCUCUCAUUGUAGGUAAUUUAAACCUGUCCUUCUCUUAUUCCAAACUUUUUCAGAAAAGCUCGAAAAUCCGUCGUCAUGACGAUGAGAGCGUGGACGACAUUGCCGAGAUGCAGAAGGGAAAGAAAAAGUCUGACGAGAAAGACAGGAAGAAACGAGAAAAGGAGGCAAUAAAAGGUGAGCCCUGGAAAGAUCUGAAAAUGGAGAAUUCUGAAAGUUUAUUCUCAACGUUUGUCUCUCUUCUUUCUACUUUUGACCCGAUCUGUCUUCUCGUAUUGUACUAGUAUAUUUCCGGCAGAUAACGCGGUUUUUGAACUCGUCUCCUUCUUUCUCUACUUCUUCCUCUGCGGAGAAAUAAACAAAUCACCGUUUCAUUAUUUGUUGUUUCCCCACGUAGGCUUCGACGAAAAGAGCACCUCCCUAGUCCACCGGGGAAAAGUGUGAAGGGAAUUUCCUGGUGAGAAGGUGUCAUUGAUGACACUUGCCGGCGAACGAAACAAGUCUUUCUGCAUCUGGCGAAUCGAUCAAUUUCAUAUCAAUCUAGACGUUUCUCUAUUGGCUAUUUGCGGCCACAAUAUGUACAACACAUUUAGCUUCCUGGAAAGUGCACGUUCCGAUGACGUCACUGAUCGCGGUCUGGAUGUAA